AUGCAUGAGACCAUUCCGGAGUUUGUUCCAAAGCCUAUUGCCUGUGGGACCUACAGUACAAUCCUAGACACCUACUUUUUCCUUUGCGAGUUCCGUGACAUGAUUGACGAUAUGCCUGAUCCUGAAUGUUUUGGCGCUCUUCUGUCAAAGCUGCAUCAGAAAAGUGUAUCCCCCACUGGCCAGUUCGGCUUCCACAUAACAACAUAUGCGGGAAACCUUCCUCAAUUUGCACUUGACCUGGAGAUCCAGAGGAAAGGACCCAGUGAAGAGCUCAAUGUUCUCUCCGACGCCCUUUUUCAAAUGGUUAUCCCGAGACUUCUGAGACCGCUCGAGAAUGAAGGUCGCGUCGUGAAGCCCUCGCUUAUACACGGAGACCUUUAG